GUUUCCUCAGUGCUGUGCUGUGCUGUAGUGUAGAGGGGCUGUUCCCUCAGCAGAUCCCAGCUCAGUCAGUCCAGAGCAGCGGCGGGGAUGAGCGCUGUGGAAUAGGCGCCAACGCAACCACGCAUUUUACAGUGAUGGCCUCAGCUGCGCAGCUGUGCCGGUGAUCCUUCCGCUGCACGUAGGGAAGAAGCAGAGACGCCUUGACAACCGACCUACCUUCCUCUCUCUCAAAAAAAAGAAAAGGCUGAGAGAGGAAAAAAAGAAAAUACCAGCAUAAACAAAUGCGACCAUGUACAGCGUGGAGGACCUCCUCAUCUCUCAUGGAUACAAGCUGCCCAAGCAUACCACCUCCUCCUCUACCCCUAUCCCAACCCCCGCGUCCUCGUCCCGACAAGCUCCCCCGUCCUCACCGCCGUCCUACAGCAAACACCAUGAAAUCUUAGAGAAAAGGCCCGGCCCAAGGACAGUGAACGGCUAUGAAAGAGGGCCUGGGAUGCCCUUUGGGAAUGGUGGAGGAUCCAGGCAGCCCCAAGCGUAUGGCAUCGGCUGUCCCAACAACAACAACGAACCUAGAGAGAGAAGUCUGUCCAGGCGGGAGGGCGAGAGCCGCAACCAAAUGGACACCCACUCCUUGGGAGAGUCGCUGACCUCAGACAGUGGGUUCUGUGAUGGCAACAGAGGUCUUCAGUCGCAUUCCAAGGAUGUGUCCUACUGGAGGAGGAGAGGCCAGGACUUCACUGUGCUACUGGACUAUGCUGAACCCCAUGGAGGGGGCCAGGGGGGUUACGGCAGGCCAGAGGGGUCUCAACAAGCAAGAGGCCAAGAGUUGUCUGCAGAGGAGCGUCAGAGGGCAGCUCAGGAGAGGCAGCGCUGGGCAGCCCAGGCCCAGGCUCAGGUGCAGGCUCAGGCCCAGGUCCAGGCUCAGGCCCGCUCUAGAGAGAGGGAAGCUGCUCUCCAUCAUUGGAGGAUGGCGAGUGAGAGGAAGUGCCAGAGCCUGGGGACAGAUGAGUGGCGUCCAGCCGUCAGCUUUGGUCGCCAGCUGUCACAGAGUGAGGGUGAGCGUUGGGCACAGGAGCAGCAGCGGCUACAUGCCAGGACACCAGAGGGUAUGGUCGUCCACCCAAGGACCAAAGCUAAAUCCCAGUCCCUGCCUCGGAUGCUGCAGCCUGAGAGCCUACAAUAUGUGGACAUAGACUCGUCCGGUCUGGAACUGUACAGGCGUGUCAAUGGCCACCCACUGUCACACCAUGACCUUUACAGGGCACCCCGCUGGCCGGAGAAUGGGAGGCCGGCUAGCGCCAACCAACUCUCAAUGACACCAAAGCCCCGCUUCACCCGACCCCCCAGACCUCCCUCUUAUGAGAUGCACCAGCAGAUCAGGGGAAGCUGUGAGAUGUUGUCUGGGAGAGACUCAGUGAUUUCCCUGGCCAGGGACAGAACGCCACUUCCAAUACCAAGGAUAGGUGACCCUCAACUGGACUAUUAUGCACAGGACUCUGGACCUCCAGGAUACAUCCCUCCCCCAUCUUAUAAAAGAGCUCCUAUAAUGGGGGGAUGCCGGGGAUAUGGUGAAAUUGCUGUUGACUACAGAUACAGAGGGGAUGUGUACCAGCAGAUACAAGUGGCUCCAGAUGGAUCUCAUUGGAUUACCAGACAUCCAGCUGGUUCCUGGCCUGAUCCCCAGAGAGAAAGGAUCAUGUCCAGCCAGAAGCAGAUUUACCCUGUGUAUAUGACCCAGGAGCAUCCCGGUGGAGGGAUCCAAUACAUCCCUUUUGAUGACCCCCGCAUACGCCAUAUUUCCUCAGCCCUGGGUGGCAACUCCCUGACGGACGCCGACAAGAUCCGGCACAUCCGCAACGAGCUUCCCAGCGUCACCGUGUCGGAGCCUGCAUCCAGCGACAGUGCCUUCUUGCCCCCGCCAUUGGGGCCUUUUAUCUCUGCCAAACUGGCGGAUGAUGCUAACCAGACGUCUUCUAGCGACUUCGACAAUGACAAUAACAGGUGGCACAGUGAUUUGCACAAAGAGGCUGUCGAUAACUUCCCAGCAACUGACCAAAAUUGCAACAACAGGUAUCCCAAAAACCAACGUCCUCCUUCAUCUCCCUCUUCAGCCUUCCAAGCCCCAUUAACAAGAAGUUCUUCUCGCCAGGGGUCCAGCUCAGAUAAGUUCUUUGCAGAAACCAUCACCCAAGUGAAGAAAAUUGUCCCAGAUUUGGGGCCAGAGAACACAAAGAGAAGAGUGAGUGAGACAAUCUUCUGCCUUGUGUCUGUCCCUGUUCACACACCAACCAUUAGCAAAGACUUAGCGGCAGAUCAGAACAACAAUGAGACAAUACCAAGCCUGACUGUCACCAGCACAGACACUUUUGCUGUAGGCCUCAAAGAGAGCCCCAACGUGCGGAGCAAGUCAGUGAAUGAGAUGCUCAUAAAACCCCACUACUCUCACUUUCACACCAGCAGCACAUCCUCAAUGAGGAACUACAAGAGGGCUCCUCUAAGGAAGGAGAUAAUAGAUGCCUGGGCACUUCAAGCCAAGGAAGACAAAGAGUUGUGCUAUGCUGGUUCCUGGCCUGGAAACCAGUACCGUAACCAGGAAACCCAGACUGGCUCACCUUUGACGGUUGUGAAAAUUCCAGAACCCCAGAGUCCUCCUGGGGGACAAGAGCCUGUUCAGUCUGUCUCAGACACAACCACAGAUAGUGGUGUGGGGACAGACAGUAGCUCCUCUUAUGGUUACCCCAUGGCAGGCCAGAAAAACCUUCAUCCCUCUAGCAAUAGCGCCUUCUCUCGUCUCAGCCUCAGCCCAACACAGCCGACAUCCCUUCAACCCUCACAACAAGACCCAUUCUCCCCAUCAAAGGCCCGGGAUCAUGAAGAGUUGCCCUCCUCCCCCAGGAAGAGCAGCUCCAGUCCCCUGGAGGAUGCAGAGCAAGUGACCUUUGGUCAGUUUCUCUUGAAGCCAGUAAACCGACGACCCUGUGAUGCCAUUGGUGAAUUGGAAACCAUUAAUAAGGAGAUGGAAGUCACAAUCAGCAAGAGACCCAAUGUGGGUCAGUGCAUUGAAGAUCUAGAUGGGGUGAAUAAGAGAUUAGACCUGUUGAAAUCAGGAGCACAUUUCACUGCUGGUCCAGAACCAGGCAGGGAAGCAAUUAGUCUUCCACCAAUGCACAUAGAAAAACCCAAAAAUAUAAAAGUCAGAUCAAUGUCCUUGGCUUCUACCCCUGAUCUGGACUCCAUGGACAUAAGGAGUGCUUUCUACAGGCCACAGGCCAACAACAUACCACCAACAAAUGAGCUACCCAUACUCUCCAACCCAGGCCCCAGAGACAGUUGCCUCCUGUCAUCACUACCCCCACACAAUGAGCCAAACCAGGUCUAUAGACAGGACAUCCCAGUCCCUCAAGAGUCCUUGCUGAGGGAUGUGGGAUUAACUGUCUACACAGAGACUCCUGGUGGUCCUGGGGAGCCAAUGCAGCGCUCACUCUCAGUCCCAUCUCCACUCGAUCAUAAAGAGCUAAGUCAGUCAGUGCAGCUCUCGUGGGAGAGCAGGACAGCAGUUGUUAAAAAUAGUGGUAGCCCCGAGUACAAUUCAAAUAAAGAUCUUCAAGCUGAGGUGGAGACAGAGAGAAAGGCUAAAUCAGGCCAUGUUCCAUCAUUCAGGGGUGAGGUGAAUUUAAGCAUCUAUAGAACCAGGAGCGAAAACAGCAGGUCACCUCAGAAAGAGGUUUCACCACGUAUCACCAGGCUGACCAGGGAGGUUUCUUUUGUGUUAAAGGAUGGUCAUGGCAAUGGCCGAUAUGCCAACUCUGAGCCUUUGAACUUCAAGAACGAGUCAACCAUGGCGGAUAAGCACCUGGAGAACUUACUGAUACAGGAGAAAGCCAAUUCUUUACCUGCAGAGGACCUCAGCAACCUGUAUGAGGUCAAAUACGCAAAAGGUAUUCCUGAAAAUGAGUCCAUCGAGCAGAGGGCUGCCAGAAUCCUGGGUAUAGCUGUUCCAGUGGAGGCCUUGGGUGUGGCUGACAAACUGUCAGAGGACAACCAGGAGGAUAUGGAUACAACUGUAGUUGAGAAACUACAAAGUCGAGGCAAAGAGACACAGCAGGUGAUAGGAGAGUGUGAGCAAGUCAAAGAUACGCCCUUUUUGGUCCAGGGAGCAGAGAUAGAGGAGGUCAAGGGGAGAGAAUCAGGAGUGGACCACGAAGAAGGAGACAGACAAAAGCACAGCAGCAACCACAGUGAUGGUGAGGACAACGACAAUACUGAGAUUCAGUCUCUGGUAGUACUGGACUUGCCCGAAUUCCCACCUAAUAAGCUUCUACUAUCCCUCCCUGUCAGCCCUGAUGACAAGCUAGCACUUAGCAUGUGCAGUAUAGAGAGGAGAGGGCGAGGUGGAGCAUGCAAACUAAUCGAAUCCUUGCAAGAUAAGCUCAACUCUUCUGCUUCUUCAUCUGUUACAUCAAUUUGCAAGUCAACUCCAGACAGAAUGGCCCGCCUGAAAGAGCUGGACUCAGUGUCUCGAAUAAGACGCCUCAGCCUCAAAGGUACAGAGUCUGGAGGAGAAGUUGAUUAUGAGGAGAGGGAGGGUGACGGAGAGGAGAGUGAAGUUCAGGAAGUGACAAAAGAGGAAGUUGUGGAGCAACGAGAAGAGGAUAAGAAACUGGAGGAAGAAGAAGGGAAUGGGGAGGAGAACCCAAAUGAACAUGAGAAUGCACAUGAAACACAUGACAAGUUGGGAGAUCCUGAAGAAGAUUGUAAACCUAAAGAAGAAGUAAAUGAAGGGAUAUUUGAGGAGGAGCCAAGAAAAGAAGAGAAUGCAGAAGAGAUGAAUGUUGAGAUUGCACUAAAAGUAGAGAAUGAAGGGAGUAAAAAACUAAAUGUUGAAUUAAAAACAGAAGAUCCGUUAGGAGAGGUGGAAUUGAAAAUUGUGGAGAAUAGCAAAGAAAAUCCUUUGGAGAAGGUGAGAGACGAGAAUAAAGCAGAGGUCAGUAGAGCUAAGACAACACAAGCGACUGGGGGUAAAAAGAUUCCCAAACCAAAGCAGCGCACAAGACUGCAGAAGCCUCCUCUGCUUCCUAAACCUCGCAGUGUUCCCAAGAGAGAAAUAACGCUGCCUCUCAGCUUCAGCACUGGGACCUGUGGCCCCUCGAAUUUGGAGGAUGAGGAGAUGCUCUCUGUCUCAGACUCCUACGACCCCAGUCGAGUGGAGAGAGUGUAACCUCUGACUCUGCCUUCACCACUGUGGAAAUCUGUAUUUCUCAAGUUAACAGCUUUUUCCAACAACAAAGGCUUUCAUCUCACCUCAUGGCUUAGUCAGCCGUGACCCCUUCAAUAUUGUUACGCAUUACUUCUCACAGAACUGACUGUCCUGGUGCUGCGAGACCAUUUUUACAGCCAAAUAAAGGCACUGCCUGUGCCAAUUCUCCAGGCCUUUUCAACCUCGACAUCCUUGUCUUUCCAUUUUCUCCACCUCUCCAAUAGUUUAUUUGCUCAAGCAAGCGGACUUCCUCCUUUUUAAGUUUUGCUUUUGGAAAAAUGCAUGUCAUUAUUCCCGUCUGCUCUUGGGCUCCUUCUCGAGCUUGGGUGUUGAAAUAUGAAUGUAAAAGUGCUUCUGCUCAACAAACAAAAAGAAAUGUAACAGAAAAAAAAACAACAGGAAGGCAACAGUAUUGCAUUACAAUCAGUAUUAACCUACACCAAAUGUAAAUAAGAAAGAGUUAUAAGAUUUUAUUAAGAAUAUAAGAUAACAAUUUAAGUCAUAUAAUUGCUGGAGAAAUGUAUAUUUUCUUAUCUGUGUUAAGAAAAGACUAGAUUUUUGGAAGUGUGGUCUUUGUGUGUAUUACUAAUAAUGAAACCCCCUGUUCUUUAUUCUUAUACUUGUGUGAUAGAGAAUGUACUCAGAGAGCCUGGAUUGCAAUGAGAAACACUGUGGUCCUUGAAUAGUUUCACUAAGAGCAAUAUAAUUGUCAUAUACGGGAUAUUUUUGACAUGAUUUGAGUAGUAAGUCUUCAUUUCAAGGAGCUGAUCUCAUUUAAACGUCUGCUUUAAAGCUCUACUGUGUGGUACAAGUGUUAGGUUUGCACUGCUGAGAUUAUUGGCUUUACAUUACCAGUGAGAACCUAAUAAUCUCUUCAAAUACUCAGAGAUUACACUCGGAGGGAUUCAUGUUGUCACCCUCCCCGUUUCUCCGGUGCUGUCAGUAUCAGCAUCAGCAUCAGCAAUCGCAAUGGUUGUGUAUCAGAAACGUGUGAUUUAACAUGUUAUUUCUGUUCAUUCUCAUACUGUUGAAGAAGAAAAAUCUAUAUUUUGUGGCAUUAACAGAAGUCUAUAUUUAACCGUGGAGUUCUCCUUUGUUCACAUCUUAAGUUUAUUUGUGAUUUCAAAAGUGCUUUUUUGCAGGAAAUGAUAAAUGUAGCUAUAUUAAUCGCAGUGUGCCUUGUACACACUGUUUCUGUGAACUUCAUCUGUGUGUAACACGUCCAGUAGUGUCUGUUUACCAAUCAUAAUUUGAACUGGACAUCAGUAAUUCAUUUUUACUUUAAUGAAAACAUUUAGAGUUAUUUUGGCAAUAAUAAUAAUAUUUAGCUGAAGAAGCUUAAUAUUGAUGCUGUACAGAACAUUGAUGUUGGAAUACUAAUCACAGUAUCUGAACAUGUUCAAUAAUGUAAUGUUGACAUAUCAGUGCUUUCGUGUCACUUCACUUAUGGGGUAGCAAUACAAGAAAUUUAAAAACAUACCAAACCAAACUUUAUGCUAUGCAUUGGACAUUUACAUUUACUGGGUUUAAUACCAAAAUUCAAAGCUAAAACUGCAACUUCUGGUUUGCUUGUUUGAACCUGUCACUUUUUGAUCCAGUAUUUGAUGUUGAACCUGUUCGAUCUGGUUGUAGACUUGCAUAGAAGUAGCUGUGACUGGAGUUCUUCAGUGGAAGCUCAGUGCAAAGUUUUGUCUUUGUCCUGUUACCAACCCAGUACCUGUACCUCUGUGUUCCAGGUAAUGUGUUAUCUGGUCAUUCUCGUAGGUCUUUUUGUACUGCAAGUUCUUUGUAACAUGAUAUAGACUAUUGGUGCACAUCAUGCUUUGAUAUUUUCUAUUUUCAUACAGAAGUAUGUACAGCUUCUUUUUGUAUGUGUGGCAUCUUUUUUUUUUCUUUUUUUUUUGUGCAUGAAAUGCGUAAGACGUCACAGAGAGAAGGUGUAUUUGCAUAUAAUUGCAUUUGGUACUGUAUAGUCUAUCCAAUAAACAACUGUUAUAUUUCAUAUAAUGUAUAUUUUAUUUUCAAAAAGUUAUGCUACAUAUUUAAAACAAAAUAAGGUAUUUUUAGAUUAUUGUUAAAAGGGAACUGUUUUUGAAGGCACAAUAUUUGUCUAUAUUUAAAAUGAUCAUUGAGAAUGAUGAUCAUUAAUAAAGACAAGUGUGUGCUAUUGUACAGUACUGCAGACUAUUCAUGAAUAAAAGUCUUUGCAUGAAA